GUUUUUGUUUUUGUUUUUUGCAAGUAACUUGUAAGCGAGGACUGAUGCAAGUGUGUGCGUGUGUUUGUGAGCGAGAGAGAGAGAGAGAGAGAGGGAGAGUCAUAAGCCGUGGCUGCACGUUGCACUCUGCAGCACUUGCGCACUUCUUCCACCUCUCCGCGUACUGAAAUCCUCUCUGCGCCGACUUUCCAUCACAGCCAGCCUGGAAGUCUGCCGGUGGUCGAAGGGCCGUUGUUGUGAGGUGUCCACCGAGACAACUGAGAACGGCAUCGUGCACCACCACCCCCUCCCUUUCCCCACCCUCCCCUUAACCCUCCUCCUCCUCUUCCUCUGGCCGUUGUUGCGCUUCUGCUGCUGCAGAGUCCAAGUUCAGGUGAGCCCGGUCUCCGGUACAACAAGUACCUCCUCUCUCCGGUACCCUAACCGGAGGAUGCUCGCCUCCUCCCGUUAAACGCGAUGCUAUAAAUGGGCCGCACAGGAUGUGAAGCCUCACCAGAAGAAGCAGGAGGAUGGCUAAACCAGGCUUGUCUGCGGCGGUGCUGCUGCUCCUGCUGGGCUUCCUCUCAGCGUCCUCCGUUAAUGCCGGCCGUGCAUGUGCGUCAGACACCCUGCUGUCAGCACCGCUCAAUGUGACCAUCAGAGAACUCGAGGUUAACUCUGCUGUGGUUACAUGGGAAAUCUUGGAGGGAGACCCUGUCAUCGGAUUCGCCAUCACCCAACAGAAGAAGGAUGUACGCAUGCUGAGGUUCAUCCAGGAAGUGAACACCACCACACGCUCCUGUGCAUUGUGGGAUCUGGAUGAGGACACCGAGUACAUCGUCCACGUUCAGAGUAUUAGCAUGGGAGGAAGCAGCCCUCCAAGUCAGCCUGUACUAUUCAGAACGCCAAAAGAGUCCGAGAAGAUGGCUUCCAAAAGCCCUGACGAGGUGACGAUGGAGGAGGUUGGCGACGCUGCCCAGCUGAGGGCGGGAGAACUCAUCAUCAUCGUAGUGGUGCUCGUCAUGUGGGCAGGUGUGAUCGCCCUGUUUUGUCGUCAGUAUGACAUCAUCAAGGAUAACGAGCCCAACAACAACAAGGACAAAGCCAAGAACUCCUCAGAGUGCAGUACCCCAGAGCACCCGCAGGGGGGGUUACUGCGAAGCAACGUCUAAGAUCAGCCCUGCGUCACCUUCUGCAAUAACCAACUCCUUAAACCUCAGGACAGAUCCUGAGACCAACGGAAAGCCAUUCUCAGAAAAUAUACUGAAGAACAGAUAAUCCAUUACAGAAACUCUUCUUGACACAAUGGAGAGCUCUGCAGCUACAACAGGCACAAAUGUGAACUUGCAAAAUGAAAAGCUGCAAAACAGUGAAAGAGGAAACACCAGAUGAUAAAACCCCUUUCACUUUUGUAGCAACCCAAAACUGGAUCGCGGCUGAUGCAGACACGAGAUAUUAAAUGGCUGUCGGUCAAGCUCUUCUUGACGAGAACUGCUUAACCCGUAUGUUCCGAUUACUCCACAUCGGUGGCAUCCAAUCCCAGGAGUGGAUCAUUAAACAUGAAUGUCAGCUUCAGGUUCGUAUCAUCGGUCAGAGAUGGCAGAAGUGCAGACUGCCACACACAAAUAGCUGGUCCAGUCGGCACACAACAAAACAAGCUAAAGACUUUCUCUUUUUCUAUGUCUGUCCAUCUGCAUUACCUCCUUUCUGUCUUUAUAACAGCCCUCUGUGUAGCAGCUCAUCUCUCUCCCUGUCUCUCUGUGUCGAUGUCUCAAUGAUAAGCACAUUGCUGUUUGGUGCUUCUCCUGUCGUGAUUGUUUUAGCCCUUACAGUCCCAGUCCCGAUUAUGGAAUGAUUAUAUUGUUGGGUCAGAAGUAUUGAAAACCGCACAGUUAUUUGUUUUUAAGGUUAGAUUUAGGAGUUUUCCUUCUCGCUUAAAGGGACUCUUAAGUCCAGCUUGUCAAUUCGGGGAUAAAAGAUCAGGAGAAAAUGAAAACCAUGCAUGUGCGCAGUUGCAGCCAAUUUGUUACCAGUUAGCCAACCGUAAUUGUCUGUGCAUCGGGGGAGGAAAAAGACUGGCAUAGCUGGAAAAUAAUAGAUUUCUGUUCAUAUUGAGGGUUAUUGCUCAUUAAUGCAUAUGCAGCACCAUAUGUCAUCUGCGAUCUGCAGCGGGAUGUGAAGGGAAUAUGGAUGAAGAUAUGUAGGGCAUGUUCCUAAUGAAAUGUAUACAAAGGAUAGACUGUUUGCCCGAGUUUCUUGAAGACCAAUAAGGGAAGCCGAGAAGUAGAAACCAAGACAUGUUGUCCAGUUACAGUCAGACCUGUUUUUAUGCCCACCGGUAGCUAUGAGUUGGAGUGGGUGCAGCCCUGCCAAACAAGCGUAUUGUCCAGGAAUUCAGAAUUUCGGAAAAAGCACAGAAGCUACCUGUACUGUUUCCUGUUGUCCACUAUCCCUAAUGUUGCCCACUGCCCACAGACUCCUCCCUUCAUGUUUAACCCUCUGAGGUCUAAGUAAGCCCUAAGACCUAACCUUAAAUUGUGGCAAAAGACAUAACUCACUUUUUUUGGAAGAAAUAGGAAUAAUAUUUGAUGUGUGUCAGUUGGAAUGAUUAUUUUCUUUGGUCCUUGAUUGUGAAGACUUUAGAGAACAAUUUCAUGAAAAGAAAACUUAGUAUUGCCUAAGUUGGGGUUUCUGUUGGGGUCAUCAGCAAAUCAGACCACACAGGGUUUACAAACAGAGUGGCAGAACCUUUUGACUCCACAUGAACAACCUGGCUUGUUGAUUGGUUAGGUGUUUGUGUGCAAUUUAAGUUUUCGUAUGACUUUAAUAUGCUAAUCUUUAGACUGCUCGCGUGCUUUUCUGUAGUCUAGGCGAUGGUUAUGCCUACCUCUGAAGUAGCCCACCUAUUAUUCCCACACUCCACCUCUCCAGUCCAGGACUAUAAAAACCAGUCCAGGACUAUAAAAACCAGUCCUGCCACUUUUGUCAGAGUAAUUAACAAACUAAGUGAUAUGAGGCUUUGUCCUGUAGAUUUAAUCACCCAAACUUUGAUUGACUUACGAUGACUGAAAACCUGGAUGGUGAUAUAAUCUAUGUGCUACUAAGUGUAUUUUUCAGUUGUUACAAUAACUAAAAAGACAACUUAAACAUGUGUCACUAUCUUUAAUACUCUUGACAGUUGAACAGUUCAAAUUCAUAUUCAUGUCUAAUGUAACAACCAAACUAAUCAGUUUUAUGUGGCCCAACCACAGAAGGAUUAUCUGCAAGUUUUUGUAUUGAUCCGAUACCAAUUAAUACAUAGCAGGCAUUACCUAUAACAAUACUGCUACUUUUGACCUAUGAAGGCAGCUUAUGUUGGGGAGGGCAGUGUUUUAGGAUUUAUGAGAUGAAUCGUUAAUUUGCAAAUUUUAAACACUAAAUCAUCGUAGUUUUUACUUUCCGCAAUAAUUAGUUAACACAACAAAACACAACUUUCAGCUUUUCAUGUAUUUUCAAAAUGAAUUUUUGGGAGAUCUGGAAUGUAAAUGUGCCUGACUCUAAAGCACCGUGGGUCAACUUCUGCUGUUAAAAUGGGCAAUAGGAUUUGAAUAAAAUAGACAUGACAGUCAACACAAAAAAGGAAAGACACUUUUCAUAGUGUGUGUUUAAAGUUGUUUUUUUUUAUUUCCCAAAAAAGUAAUUUAACACACUUCAGUGGGCUCCAUACUGAACUUAGAGGACGGAAUCAAAGUAUUGAUCGUAUCACACUAGUAUCGAUCCUAACAAUAGGUGGGUGGAUCCAACCGCCUCGACUCAAGAUUCCAGCAGGGCAUGUAAUGCAGGAAGGAGUUAAAUGAAGACCAAAAUCAACAAUCAAUUAGUCCUGCUACAAAGUAUGUCUAACCAUAGCCUUUUAUAAUUAGCUUUGGGUAGGGUGUGGCUCAGGAGGUAGAGCGGGUCAUCUACCAAUCAGAAGGUUGGUGGUUUAUUCCCGUGUCUGUGUGUUGAAGUAACAUUGGGCAAGAUACUGAGCUCCAAGUUGCCCCAGAUGCAUCCAUCGUGUGCGUGAUUGUUAGAUGAAGGCACUUGUCUAAGACUUGUCUAACAAGAUCUAGAAAAAGAGUCAUUGGGUGAAUGAGGCUUGCAGUAAAAACCGCUCUGACAGCUCACUCAGUUUUAAAAGAGCGCUAUAUAACAACGGUCCCCAACCUUUUUUGCCGCACAGACCAGUUUAUGUCCGACAAUAUUUUCACGGACCAGCCUUUAACGUGUCGUGGAUAAAUACAACAAAAUAAAACCAUUACCGGUACCAAAAAAUGAAGAUUUAUUCCUAACACACGGGGAAAGACCCAGGGAAACCGAGUUAACGAUAAAAAUGAGAAAAAAUAACGAUAGAAACUGAUAAAAACCCUAAAAACUAUAAAUUUCACACCUGAGCCUCAACUCUUGUGGCCUGUGUACGAAACGACUCACGGACCGGUACCGGUCCGUGGCCCAGGGGUUGGGGACCACUGCUAUAUAAGUACCAGUCCAUUUACCACCAGUGUGUACUUAACAGCAGCUGAAAGUAGUCCCCAACAUAUAUAAUCUGCUAAUUCCUGAUUAGGCAACAUUUGUGGAUAAAAAAUCAUAACUGCCCAGAUGUUUCAUGUUUAAAAACAGAAAGUAGAUGUGUUUAUGGCGAUUCUAAAGGUUUAUGUCUUCAGUUGGAGCAGAUGGAUGAAAAGUGAGCGCUGCGGGCAGAUUAGCGAACAGAUUGUUGGUUUUAGUCUUUUCUCCGGAUUUGCAGACAAAAACAUAUAUAUGUAAAAUAAGGAGAAGCUAAUUCUCAAAAGCAAAAUCAAAUGGAGAUUAUAUUUGAAGUCAAAGGAAAUCAUUAUUUGCUACCUAAGCUUUUAAGCAGAUGUGGAUACAAUAUUAAUAAAUGAGAAAUCCAGUGUACAUUUUUAUAGUGUUACUACUCCAAGGGAUACAAAAGAAGGAGCAAAACACUUCAUCUGGCUAAAGAUAAAGGCUUCGUUUUAUUUUAAGGUUUCCUGUUAAAUUAUAUUGUGUUAUCUGCACAGUUACAAAUAUAUUGGACAGCAGCCCCUUUACACUGAUGCUCUCUAGUUGAGUUCCCUCAAAAAGUCAGACAGAAAAAUGCUGCGAAGCUGAACUCAGCAGAGUUGCAUCCUUAUUAGAGAUAAUGAGUGAAUGUCUGAAUGCCUCGCUGGUUGAGAUGACUGCUAAUAAGGAGCACGUAUACGCACAUAUACGAUUUAAAUACUGCCGUGUGCUGAGAGAGAGCAGGGCUUUGCGUUCUCAUCUCAAUCAAUUCUGCCAAGGCCUCGCCCUGCCAUCCAUUUUUCACCCUCUCCCUACUUUAUCAGCCUUUCUUUUUUUCUUCCUCUGUCCCCAGCCACCUUUAUCCACCUGCAUUCUCCCCCAUUUAUGACUUCACCCUCACUUUCAAUCCCUCUGUCACAAUGCUCUCUUCCUCAUAUAUCACAUCACCCUUCCUUGUUUCUACCCUUCACCAGUCUUGUCCUCUCUCUUCUUUCCUCUCCCCUGAUUCUCAUUAUAUCCACUUUCAGGCUCCCGUUAGCUGCCUUCUCCCUCUCGGCAUCAGCUCUGCUCUCUCAUUCAUUCGACCCGGCCCACUGCCUAUCCCUCGCUCGCUCUUCUGCCCAUUUAUCACCUUUUUGUCUCAGUCUGGCUGAGAUGGACACUUUACCUGGUAAACAAGUGAAAAAAAUAGACUAAAGGGAGGAGGAAAAUGAGAGAAUCAGUGAAGGAGAACUCUUGAGGAAAGGGAAAAAUAAGAUAAGUAGAGGAAUUUUUUCACUGAUAAGCACAUUUAAGUAUAGCCUAAGCAGCACUUUUUACACAGUUUGGGGCUUUUCUAAAACAAACAAACAAAUAAUCUGACAGCAAAAGCGUAAAAACCUAUAUUUACUCUAAUAACUGUUAGCAUGUCUGAUUAACUAGCUAACUAGACAGUCCUAUUCUAAACCAGCAUUGUGUUUAUGCAGCAUUUCUGACAUUGUGGAUGCUAGCAUUUCAUAGUUACUAAUUAGCAAGCCUGCUCUCUUUAUUGGAUUUGGGUGAACAGCACCAGCCACUAAACGUACCAAGCACAUUGGUUAGUCUUUAUCCUUAAAGCCUUUUUGUCUUUUGAUGUGAGAAUGGUUUGAAUGUAAUAGUAAGGCCUUUAAUAUUUCUUUAUUAAUACUAUAUAACUUGUAGUAUUUAGCAGCUUUACAUGAUUCUUUCUUGAUUUAAUGUCCUCUGAAAACCACAAGUCUUUAGGCAUGAUAACCGUAUAGGCAUAUAGCCAGUGUUGCCAAGGGAAAUUGCUAUUGGUUGUCCUAAAAGUUGCUAGAAGUCGCUAAAUGAUGUCAUUGCCUAAUUUGCAUAAUUGGUCAUGCUUAUGUAAUUGUAACCGAGCCAUAGGAGAGAGAAAUAACAUCGUGGAAGAGACAUAAAAUUAGUUAAAAAAAACCAAAAAACCCCAUCCUAAAUACAUUUAGAAUAUAUUUAGAACUACAAAUUAAAUUUCUUUUAGCAAUUAUUGUUUUUUUAAUGUCCCAAUUCCAACCCUCCUCCUUUAUCCAAGCUUGGGACCAGUCAAAAGUGACUCUGCACAGCAAAAUCUCCAGUGUUAAAUUAACACUACAGAGUGUCUAUAUGUGUCCACACUGUUGAGUGUUAAAUGAACACUUUUGACAGUGUUGUCAGCACUGCUCAGCACUGAGCAGUGCUGAUUUUCUGAACACUGGAAAAUAACUCAAAAUGUUAGAAAUAUUCCAGUGUUAGAAAAUCAGCACUGCUCUGUGUUAGUCAUUGUAAAUCUUGAAAACUGACUAGGUUACUUUUAAAAAUACAACACUGUCAAAAGUGUUCAUUUAACACUCAACAGUGUUAUAUUUAACACUCAACAGUGUGGACACAUAUAGACACUCUGUAGUGUUAAUUUAACACUGGAGAUUUUGCUGUGUGGUGGAGUUACUUCUUUUGUGUGUGUGUGUUUUUAAGUAGUUUUAAACUUUGUGAUCCACAAAAAGUAACAGUAAAAGAAGAACUGACUGCGUUACAGUCAAGGCGGGAGCAGCGGCUUCGCUCAUGUGCGAUUCAUUUGCAGUUUGGACGUGUAGGGGUGAGCAUGUCCUGCUCUGACAGCAGAUGGGGGCGACUCCUGUAUGAGGACUACCUGCCGCCAAAGGCGAGGUGCCCAUGGCAGCACCCACUGCUUGUUGAGAGUAAGAGCGAUAUGUCCUUUCACGUCAAAAAGUCGUCAUAAGUCUCCAAUAACACCAGCAAAAGUCACCAGAUUUGUCGCUAGUCUCUUUUUAGAAAAAAAGUUGCUAAGGGGGUCUGAAAACUCGCUACGUUGGCAGUACUAUAGCCUUCAAGACAAGGUUUUACUUGGGGCUAACUUUAGCUUCAUUAGCUUGAUAGCUAUAGCUCAUAUUGUAUGCUAGCAUUCGCUGUUUUUCAGCAGCCAAACUCAGCAGCCACUGGUUAGAAUCCAGUGAACUGGUCACUCUUGAAUGAGAAACUGUUUGCAUCUAAAUUUGCAGAAUUGUUCAAAAGAAUUAACAAUAAUAUCAAAUAGUUGCACAGGGAAGACGAGUGUAGCUCAACAGAGGAAAGGUUUAGUGAAUGGACAUUGGAAAGGUGUUCCAAAUGAAAGAAGGAAAAAUCCACAAAAGUAAUUUAACAGCAGCUAUAAAAUCUCAUCUUUGCUGAUCUUUGGUGGUUUAAUUUAUAUGCCUGCGAUAUCGAGGCAUAUAAGCGUCACACUUUUGAUCACAGAAAGCAUUGAAACAUUGGUUACUCUUUAAUGUGGGAUGAAGAUUAAAAAAUCAACAAAUUCAUUCACAUAUCAGUUUCUUAAACCAUACUGAUGUAUGAGAGAUUGUAUGAGAGCAGAGAGAUUGAAGAAAUUACUUCGAAUGAAUAAUAAUUUAGUAGAGUAUAGGGACAAACUGUCUGACAUUAAAGAAACUAAAUUAAGUGGCACAAAGGCAAACAUUCAAAGAGAAGACUGAUGAUUUUGGGGAGCAUAUGAUACUUGAGGCAAUGACAGAAGUAGGGCACCAUGACCAGCACUGUAGAGCACAGCAGAAUUAAAGAACAAGCAUGUCAAACAAAAUAGACUCCAGGGAAGUGAAUGUCAGGCUUUUUCAAAGAGAAGUGUAGCUGGUCUUUUAGAAACUUGCGUUAGACUCGCUGUUGUUGCUCCGUCUGCACAUGUGGACAAAGAGGAAAGCAGAGAAAGGUUUCAGUCAGCAAAUCUGGAAGUAUUUUUAAAAAGCCCUCUUGUUUCCCAUUUGACAUCCUUUUUAAAAGGUCUGCUAAAACUGCGAAAAAGAGGACAGGAAGGAUAUUCCUAUUGUGCUGGUGGACAUGCUUCUAAUAUUUUCUCUAAGACACAUUCUGUGGAAAGAUUGAUUCUGCUGAAGUAAAACAUUGUCCAUGUACAUGCCAUCACAAGAACGGAGGAAUCUGCGCUUUGUGUUAACAUCUUUCGCAGAAGUUGUUUACCUGCUCUUUAAUUGUUUCUUGUUUAAACUGAUUGGUGGUAAUCAAAAUGAUUUUGCGAGCGUUUAGCUGAGAUUCUGAUGUUUCUCUGGAUGUCAUACAUGUCUGUAUUUAAAUGACAGACGUAGUGGCACAGCCUGUGAAACCGGAUGCUCUCCCUCUCCUGGUAUCAGGAGCAUUGGGGUUCAACAGGUUAAGCUAAAUUAAUGAUUGGUUUUAGAAAUGAAGAAGUCCAGUAGCCUUGUUUUCAAGACCCCAAGACAGUGUUGGGCCAUAUUCCAGUCAGCACACUGCUUUCUAUGUUGAAUAACCAGGCCAACGCAGGUGAAUCCUCUCUAAAGACAUCAAUAAUUAAGUUGGUGCCCACUGAUGUGCUUUUCCUUUGAUUUACCCUCCCCUAAGCAAUGCAGUAUGUGCACCGAGGUAAGAUCAGGCUUUGUAAAAACCAGCUGGUGCAAACAGCCCCACAUCACUGCACAUAUCCCCAAUUUUACUCGAAAACUGGUGCUACAGCUCUGGUAGAAGUAAUUAAGUACCAGUGAAGUUUGUAGGCGAGCUUAAAGAUGAGGGCAUCAUCUUCUCUACAGACUAGAUCUGAAGGAAAUAUACAGUAUAAAAGGUGGACAUACUGUAAUGUUACGCAUUGCUUUGCAAAGUCCCUUCUUGAUUUCUUCUACUGAGCAUUUUCAUUGCAGUCUUGGUGUUUUGAAACCAGCUAUGGUGAGAAAGAAGCAGGUCUGACUGUGAAACUGCAUGCUCAUUGGCCAGCUUACUGUUGACAAGUUAUUAGCCAAUGAACAUACACUAAUCUUCUUUCUUAAAACAAGAUUUAUAAAAAUGACCUUGUUUUUGUUCAUUAUGGCCCAAAAUGAGUAACCAUAAGCACAGCAGAAAAGCAUGUCCAGAGGUCAAGCGCGAUGGGACCAGGAGUCUUUUUUGGUGUCGCCCCCUGGUGGCCAUUAAACAAAACAGAUAUUUAAGGCAUGUCGUAUUGGCUUUACUUUUCAGACCUGGGAAGCUACACCCAUCUUUUAUACUGUCUAUGGACAAAAUAGCAAAACGGACAAAAGCUAUUAUAACGCAAAUUAAACAAACUAAAUCUGCUCUUCUUUUUAACGUCGCUUUUUUAUAUCACUUGUAAUACGUUCCUCUUUGUUAUCAUUGAGAAAAACACUGAAACCUUUUCUGAUACUUGAUUCUAACAUUAGAUUAAUUUGACAGAAUGACAUUUUUUCUUCCAUUUACGAGCAGCUAUUACUGCAAAUGAAACCAUAAAUUCACUGACAACGCAAAUACAGGAAACUUUCUUAUUUUUUUGCUUAAAUUGUGGCCAUGAUGUCCAAAAAUACGAUGAAAUUCUUUUUUUAUUUUGGAUGCAGAGAUCCAAAUUGAUAUUAGUUUUGACUCAUGAAGAAAAAAAGAAUUAAGCUAUUUGUAAGUACCGAGUAUAGUAAGUAUUCAUGUCACGUACAUGACGUGGGAACUUUCCCCUAAUCAGGGUGCACGGGGGUAAACACUAAAUGUAAUCUGAGGGUGAUAAAAGUACAAAUAUACUUAGUGAUUGUGCAGCUACCGAAGUUGAAGUGGUAAUUUUCAUAGCGGUCGAAUCCAAGCUCACAUAGACGCACACUCACUCAUCCACCAUGUCUAUUCUCCAACUGGCUGCAGUCCAAACUGACACAUGGGGAGAGAAGCAGCAGAAGGUAGGCCUGUCCCAAACAGCUCAGUCUCUGUCUAUCUGACGCUGCAGGAAGCCACUGAACAGCUGCUCAAGGUGAACGUCCAAUGAGGCAUGUGCAAAUAUGAAGCUCGAGACUGGGAGAGAGACCCAAAGACAGAGACCGAGUGAGGCACACGCACAGAGGGGAGGAUGAGUCAGAGAAUCAGAGGGAAUAGGCUCAUGAGUGACAGACGCAGAGGGGCAGGAAAGAUCGUUAUACCCGGUGGGGUUCGCUGAGUCGAACCUCCGAUUUCAGUCACGGCGACAAGUUCGAAUCUUAACAGGGGUGUCUUUUGUUUGCGGCGUGACGAGAGUCUGAAUUUGGAUUUGAAUGUGUCAUCAUGGACAGAAACUACUCUAGCGAAAUUGUAAAAAAAACCAAAAACAUUUGCGCCACAGAAAAUCUGACAACUUAUCACAUUGGCCAGACAGCAUCCGAUCCACUCACCAGUUCAUACUCCACUUUGUGUCCAUAGGUGUCCUGAAAGCAGCUCAUACUUGCAGCAGAGGACUUUUAAGUUCUCAUUCACACUCACAACCUCUCUCCUUUGUACAUCAUAAACCCAGAUAUAACUAUGUAAUUUAAGUCAUUGUGACAUAAUGAAUAUCCGUGAGCUUCUCAGUAACCCCGGCCUUAAAUCCAACUCCUCUUCAUCUUCAAACCAAAGCCUAUGGCAUGGCUAAAAAAGAGCCAAUUCCCACUUGUUUGCCUGUACUGUAGACUGGAUGACUGAAUACUGAGAACCUUGAAUAAUCACCCCAAGGCCCUACAUAGUGUAGAGAAGAAUAGGGCCGUUUACUUAUGGCAUAUAUUGUUCAUUAUGUCAAAGCAAAUAACCAAGAAGCAUGGAUUUACAGCAGAAUAAUGUGAGUCUGUGUUUUAUGUACAAUCACCAUGUCUGUUGAACCAUUUUGAUGUUAAUGGGAUAAAACCUGUUCAUGAGGGCUAGCAUGACUCUGCUAUUGUUCACACCCAUGGUAUAUAUAUAUAUAAAUAUACUAUUUCUAUGAAAAUAUAAAUGUCUAAUUAUGUAUCAACACGGAAAAGAAUUAAAAUAUUUUCAAAGCAC